UUUCCACACUUUCCUCUUUGGCAAAAUCCAAUUCAAAUUAUCUUUUAUAUCUUCUUCCUGAUCACAUUCACAAUUUCACAUCUCAUCCAUCCCUGAACACAAAUACAGUCUUUGGUUGUUUUGUGAUGGGUUCUGAAGCAAAGGCAGAGCAAGAGAGCAGCAUACCAAGGCUCCCUUUGUUCUCUGUCUCACCAGCAGCAAUGAAAAUUCAAAUGCAAAUGGAAUCCCCAGAGAGAACGGGGACGGUGACUCCACCACUUCAAACCUCAGGUUCAGUACCAUUUCUUUGGGAACAAGAACCAGGAAAGCCAAGGCUUUGCAAUGCACUUGUGCCCUUCACUAAUCCCAGUAGUGACAAGUGUUUGGAGCUUCCUCCAAGGUUGCUAUUAGUACCCUCACCCACCCUUUUGCAGCAGGGUCCUCAUGUAACCAGCAACAGAUUCCGUUCUCCAUCUUUUAGAAUUGAAGACAACAAUUGCUAUGGUUCUUCUUUUAGUACUGAUAAAGGCUUACUUGGUAGUACUAUGAAUAUUCUUAUCAAAAGAGACAGUGGUUGGUUUGGUUCUUGGAGGAAAAAUGUCAAAAGAGAUCAGGUCAGUGGUGGUAGCCAUGUCUUUCCAUCUUCUUCUACUGAUAAGGAUACUGGUACUAUUGACAUUGCAGACAACAACAAGAUUAUGAAACGUUCUGGUAGCUCUUCUAGCCUCUCACAUCAUGGCAAGUCCCCUACCUGGACAACUAUCCGUAAGGGGAUGAAGCAGGUGGUUACACUACCAUGGAGGAGCAAAAAGUUGAAGAAGAAAGAUGGUAGUGGCCUUAAGCUUUGAGAAUAGAUUUUGCUGGUCAGUUAAAAAUCAUGUGUCUGAGAAACUAUCCACGGCAUUAUAUGAGAUAAUAACUAUGACAUGUUCAUUAUAGUGGAAGACACAACACAACCAGCUCUUUUGCUGCAGUACUGUAAAAGAGUGUGGGGUUAGAUCAUGCUAGUAGUCUCUGUUUUUUAGUGGGAUGUUAAGUUUUACAUGAUUUUUAACCUACUUGGUAGAAAUUACUAUCUCAUCCCAUCUCAUAUUAGUAAUGUUACAAUUACUCCCCUCCCCUUGGAAUUGCAAUCAUGUCUCUUUUCUCA